AAACGUCUUUACCACGUGACUGAAUGGGCGUAUUUAAGCCCCUGGCGCGAGAUCUACAGAAGAAAGAAAGGCUUCCGCCACAACAACGAGGUUACUUCUCAUCAAUAGUCUUUGGAAGAAAAUGAGUGGAAAGCUAAGCCACAACCAGCAGAGGUCUAAUGAGAAUAUAAAGAGCUUUUUCAGCCCAUCUCAAAAGGCAAUGGGCCCCCCCAGGCAAACACUGCAGGUCCUCCAACUCUCAGCUGUCAACAAAGACAUGGGAAGGUCUGCUAAGGCAGGAAAGGUCAUUCCCAAACGGAAACAAUGGAGCGCAGAACAAACCAGAGGUCCAAAGAGGGUGAAGGCAGAAGUCAAAUCAACCCAAACAGAAGAAAGUCAGUGUUUGACAGAUGGCAUGUCCAAUGAAGCAUAUGAACUCAUGGUCAAAGAAACACCACCUUCCACUUACUGGAAAGAGGUAGCUGAGGAGCGAAGGAAGGCCUUGUACAAUGUUCUACAGGAGAACGAGAAGUUACACAAAGACAUCGAGGCCAAAGAGGAACAGAUAACAAAGCUUAAGGGUGACAAUGAAGAGCUGCAAGAGCUGGCACAACACGUACAGUACAUGGCUGAUAUGAUUGAGAGGCUGACUGGUAAGAGCCCAGACAAUCUGGAGGAAUUGAGGGAGAUGGCCCUUGAUGUGGAGGAGGAUGAGCAUGAAGAGGAGGAUGAGUUGGAAGAAAAUGACGGUGAAGUGGCCCAUCAGAGUGAGGAAGAAGACUCUGAUUAUAGUCAGAGUGAUGCAGAGGAAGAACAGACCUCAGACCAUGAACAAGCGGGACCCUCAGAGCAGGAUUAACUGACAACUCUUGGCACAUCAUGGGACAUUGACCUGCUUAAUCAGGUCAGCAGAUUGUAGCCAGUGUGCUUUGGCAGCAACAAGUAGACGUCAUUUGAGUAACUAGCUUAUAAUUUUCUUUUUAAAAUGUACUUCAAACUGCAUUUUAAGCCUUUAACAGAUGGGGCUGUCUAUCUUUUUUACAAUAUUUUUAGCUUUUGCUAUCAACGCCUGUGCUGUCCCUACUGUGAAGUCAAAAUGUUUUGUGGAAGUCUAUUGAGGCAUUUU